GAGAGGGAGAAGGGAAGUUAAUGAGACGCCAGGAAAGAGCAGAUUCUUGGAGGAAUAACGCGGAGUAACGAGCGCCGGGUACAUGUGGUGUCCGUUUGUACUUUCACUUUUACGCGUCCCUUUUUUUUCUCCUGCCUUCAUUCACCGUUUGAAUCAGCAGCGGCGGCGGUUUGUGAGACGCUGAAAACCGACUGAAGUGCAGCAGCAGCAGGAGCAGCAGCUGAUCUUUACCUCCGAUCACCGCCUGAACCGGUCCACAGGACUUGUCUGCAGUAGAACAUGCAUUAGAGGAAGCGGCUGCAGCAUUGAAUUCAUCAUCGCCGUCAACAUAUACAGUCAAUUCCCCCUGACAUGGCCUCCUCCCCCGGGCUGGAUGCUGACCCGUUGCCACUGCUUCAGCUCCAGGAGGUGGACUCCAGUAAAACCUCAGAGAGGCCGAGCUCGCCGGGAGUCCUGCCCACUGUGUACAGCCCUACGCUGGGCAUGGACAACCACACCGUCUGCAUUCCCUCUCCGUACACAGACAGUAGCCAUGACUACAACCACGGGCAUGGACCUGUGACGUUCUACAGCCCGCCUGUGCUGAGCUACGCCAGACCGCCCAUCACUGACAGCCAGUCAUCUCUGUGCGCCCCCCUCAGCCCCUCAGCCUUUUGGCCCUCCCACGGUCACGCCAACGUGCCUUCACUGACUCUGCGCUGCCCUCAGACUCUCGUCUACAACGAACCCAGCCCUCAUGCACCCUGGCUGGAGCCCAAAGGCCACAGCAUCACCCCCAGCAGCUCGAUCGUCAGCUGUAACAGGCUGCUGGGGAAGAGAUCAGAGGAAGGAGUGGAGGGAGUGAACUCUUCCCUGUGUUCAUCAGCAGCAGGGAAAGCCGACAUGCACUUCUGCGCCGUGUGCCAUGACUACGCGUCGGGGUACCACUAUGGGGUGUGGUCCUGUGAGGGCUGCAAGGCCUUUUUCAAGAGGAGUAUCCAAGGACACAACGACUACAUCUGCCCUGCCACCAAUCAGUGCACUAUCGACAAGAACCGUCGUAAAAGCUGCCAGGCCUGCCGCCUGCGUAAAUGUUACGAAGUGGGCAUGAUGAAAUGUGGUAUGAGACGUGAACGCUGCAGCUAUCGAGGAGCUCGACAUCGUCGCGGUGGACUUCAUCCUCGGGAGCCAGCAGGCAGGGGUUUGGUCAGGGUGGGGCUCGGUUCUCGAGCUCAGCGGCAUCUCCACAUGGAGGCGCCUCUCACUCCGCUCGACCCUCUCCCUCAGGCGAACUACGUGCACCACACUGCCAUGAGCCCUGAGGAGUUCAUCUCCCGCAUCAUGGAGGCGGAGCCUCCGGAGAUCUACCUCAUGGAGGACCUGAAGAAGCCGUUCACCGAGGCCAGCAUGAUGAUGUCCCUCACCAACCUGGCAGACAAGGAACUGGUCCUCAUGAUCAGCUGGGCCAAAAAGAUUCCCGGCUUUUUAGAGCUGAGUCUAGCAGAUCAGAUCCACCUGCUGAAGUGCUGCUGGCUGGAGAUUCUGAUGCUGGGCCUGAUGUGGAGGUCGGUGGACCAUCCUGGGAAACUCAUCUUCUCUCCUGACUUCAAACUCAACAGGGAGGAGGGACAGUGUGUGGAGGGCAUCAUGGAGAUUUUCGACAUGCUACUGGCGGCCACCUCUCGGUUUCGUGAGCUGAAGCUUCAGAGGGAGGAGUACGUCUGUCUGAAGGCCAUGAUCCUCCUCAACUCCAACCUGUGUACGAGUCCCCCUCAGACAGCCGAGGAGCUGGAGAGCAGGAACAAGCUGCUGCGUCUGCUGGACUCAGUGAUCGAUGCUUUGGUCUGGGCCAUUUCCAAACUGGGCCUGUCGACCCAGCAGCAGACUCUGCGCCUCGGGCACCUCACCAUGCUGCUCUCCCACAUCCGCCACGUCAGUAACAAAGGCAUGGACCACCUUUCCACCAUGAAGAGGAAGAAUGUGGUGCUGGUCUACGACCUCCUCCUGGAGAUGUUGGACGCCAACACGUCCAGCAGCAGCAGUCAAACGUCGCCCUCACCAAGCUCUGACGUUUACUCUGACCAGCACCAAUACCCCCCACCUCCGCCUCACCCGCAGCCUGACUCGGAUCACACCGCCACUGACCACACCACUGUGCCUCCACAAGGACUGGCCGAAGACCCGAUGCUGGACAGACACCUGCAGGCUCUGCCCCUUCAGUCCAUGCCCCCAUCACAGAGUUUGGUGGUGUCUCACAUGGAUAGCAACAACUACAUCCAUCCAGAGCAGUGGUCACUGGAUGCUCGGGAUGGGGGUCCCUCCAUGGAUCCGACGGACUGCCUUGUCCCUGAUCGGGUUACCAUGGAAACGGCCUUGGAUGGGUGACGAGACUAAAAGAGACAAACUGAGACUGAAGCUUAAAGGCUGUCCAUCCCCAAAGA